UUUGCUAAUGUUUAAUCACAACACCACACAGAGAACAAUGGGGGACGCCAUUCUUAUACGGCGGGACUUAGACAGAUGAUUGAUUCUGGGGCAGUGAUGGGGGGUAGCGGGCAGGGACAGGAUGAAGAACGCCGUUAUUGAUUGCCAGGAGCUGCUGGAAUAGGACGAUCUAUCCCGCCUAAGUACACGCGCACAGGGAUUCCUUCACAAUACUCUGAAUGUACAGGGUGCCUGGACAAUAUUUAUACAUAAAUGUAUCUCCUCGAGUGAACGUGUUGGGAUUAUUAUUUGCGGUAAGGAGUGAACUAUGGCCGAGAGUCCCGAGAACAGAUUGUCCAAGAACGUGGUGAUAGCAUUUGACGGAAGUGAACACGCUAAAUAUGCGGUGAAAUUUUAUGCCGAAAGGUUGCACAUGCCCGGUGACCACGUGUUUCUUGUGUAUAGUGUAGAGGUCAGUGACGUCAUACAGCAAGCGCCGUUUUCCAUGGACCCUGACCUGUUUAAGGAGCUCGUGCAAAAGGAAGUAAAGAGGAUACAGGAUGAUCUAAUAGAGUUCGCAAAAUAUCUCAGAUCAAUGAAGUUGGAAGGGACAGUUAAAAGCACGCACGCACAGAAGCCAGGAGAAGGCAUCUUAAGCAUCGCAAAAGACGUGCACGCAUCCCUUAUUAUCACCGGAUGUAGAGGGCAAAGCAAGCUGCGCAGAACAUUUCUGGGCAGCGUCAGUGAUUACGUCAUGCAUCAUUCUCCUGUUCCCGUUCUUGUAUGCAGGAAAGAAAAUUGAUGAAUGCUUACGCUGAACACACAAAAACUGGUUUUGCAUUUGGAAUGUGUUCAUAUUUUAUUGUCCGCAAACACUACACCGUAGACCGAUAUCAAUCUCUUACUCUGUAAAGUUUCUUUUGUUUCUCUUUGCAGCCUGAUUUGUUACGUGUUCGUUUUGUGUCCUUGUGUUGUAAAUGUAUUCUUGUUUAAAUUAUUUAUGUGAACUACGCAAAAUAUACAUUUUUGACAUUCUGAAUAAAUAUUAUGAUUUACUAUUUGUGAAUAAAUGAAUCCAAUAACAGAAA